CGAUCUGUGGCCGUCACCGCUGGCACGUAAACGCAAGCCAGCCUGCGCGUGCGCCCAAAAUAUGUUCACAUCAAUCAUCAUCGUUUUAGUAUUAUUAGUAACGGGUUAUGUAUUAAGAAGUAUUAUUAAACCGAAAAAUUACCCGCCAGGCCCGAGGUGGUACCCCUUCUUUGGAAGCAGCUAUGUUGUGCAACAAAUGUCAAGGAAAUAUGGCACGCAAUGGAAAGGUCUGUCGAAACUGGCGAGAGAUUAUUCCACACAAGUUCUGGGACUGAAACUAGGGAGGGAACUGUUAGUUGUCGUGUUCGGUGAAAAGAAUUUGCACCAAGUUUUUACCCAGAAGGAGUUUGAAGGCAGGCCAGAUAGUUUUUUUCUGAGAUUACGUUGUCUUGGAAAACGGUUGGGUAUUACGUUUACCGACGGCCCUCUAUGGAAGGAGCACAGACAAUUCACACUGAAGCAUUUGAAAAAUGUUGGAUUUGGAAGAACUCUGAUGGAGAAGGAGAUUCAGAAGGAAAUGCUAACCGUCCUCGAGUAUAUAGAUAGAAAGAAACGCAAGUCUGUCAACGUGAAAGAGGUUUUGCCGUUGGCAGUUAUGAAUGUUCUAUGGAGAUACGUUGCUGGUGAAAAAAUAAAGGAAGAUAGAUUAAAAAGCCUGCUGGAAAUUUUGAAUAUGAGGUCCAGAGCUUUCUCAAUGGCCGGCGGAUGGCUCAACCAGAUGCCUUGGUGCAGAUAUUUUAUGCCUCGAAUGAGUGGAUAUGCACUUAUAGCGAAAAUGAAUAAAGAAAUUUCAGAUAUUAUUGAGGAAGCUAUAAAGAAACACAAAUGUAACGCAGUGGAAGGAACCGAUUUCAUUUACUCAUUCUUGAGGGAGAUCGAUGAAAACAAGGAAACGUAUACAGAGGAACAAUUGAAGACAAUAUGUCUUGACCUAUUGAUAGCUGGGUCACAGACUACCAGCAAUGUGGUGGAAUUUGCCAUCCUGGCAGCUCUCAGGAAUCAGGGAGUUCAACAGAAAAUGUAUGAAGAGAUCAAGAACACAUUAGGGGACGAUGUGCCGAGCUGGGGCGAUAGUUACAGGCUCACGUACACCUCAGCAUUUUUAUUAGAAGUCCAGAGGUUCUUCACGAUCGUCCCUCUGGCGGGUCCUCGACGGGUCCUCGAAGACACCCAAAUAGAUGGUUAUUUAAUACCAAAGAACACGACCGUUCUUAUUUCUGUCGCCGAUCUACACUUCGAUGCGGGAAUAUGGGACAAACCACAUGAAUUUAAGCCCGAAAGAUUUAUAGAUGAAACGGGCGCAUUGAAAAAUUCAGAGCACAUGUACCAUUUCGGCUUAGGUCGGAGACGCUGUCCGGGAGACUCAUUAGCGAAGUCCUUCAUCUUCAUUACAUUCGUUGGGAUUCUUCAGAAGUACAGAAUCGAUUGUAGCAAUGGAAUAUUACCUUCAGACGAACCGAAUGUCGGCCUUAUAGCGGCAGCUAAACCUUUUACAGUAGACUUUGUGCCAAGAACUUCUUGUGAUUCUAGUAAUUAAUAUGAAUAACAGCUUGCUUUCAAGUAGUAAUAAUUAAUUACGUGCAAAUAUUGAUCGCAAUAUAAGAUGAUGAUUUUGUAGUGAGAAAUUGUGCCAGCAUUCAGUAAUUUUAGAUUGAUAGUUUGAUUAAUCUAAGUCAGCAAGAUACCAAUUUAGGUAUUUAAAGAGUUGCUUUAUCACAAUUAUGGUAACUCGAUUGUAGGAUCGAUAUUGAAUAAAUAGAAUCUCAUGGCGGAUGAUUUUGUUUUAUUCA